GGACUGCUCUACGAAUAUUCAGGCUACUGUUUCUGUAUAGAGUAUAUGGAGUAGAUGUAGGUUAUUUCUCACGAGUGGUGGUAUCGAUACAACUCUCCAUCUGUCCGCAAUUGUUCACGAACUGAACGUUAGAUCCUCGCUCCCCCUGCAAGCCAAGACCAGAGAGUUAAAGAGCUUGCAGAAGCCCUCUGAUUGGUGAAUAAUCGAGGCUGGUCAGCCUCGCGCGCUAACAAUAAACACCGCGCGAUCAAUUUUCCAAGGCUCGGCAUUGGCCAGCAGUUGGUUCUUGGACCCAGACUCGUCCUCCAAGUCCCAUCGUCAACAUCUUUACUUGCGGCGCCGUGCUGGAGUCGGUCGAGCCAAGAUGAUUCAAUUAAAGACGAUGCUCAACUGCAUCGACAACUCCGGCGCCGCGGUUGUCGAGUGCGCCAUGAUUGUCGGCCAAAAACGACACGCAUCCAUCGGCGACAGGAUAGUGGUUGUCGUACAGAAACAGAGACCCUCAGCGGGAGAGGGCAUGGGCGGCUCCUCAUCGUCAAAGGUCAAACGCGGUGACAUGCGGCACGCCGUGGUUGUCCGGACAAAACAGCGAGUCCAGCGACGAGACGGCAGCGUUAUCAAGUUCGACGACAACGCGUGCGUCCUGAUAAACAGGGCUGGAGACCCCAUCGGCUCUCGGGUCAACGGGGUUGUGGGACAAGAGCUGCGGAAGAAGAAGUGGAGCAAGAUACUCAGCAUGGCGCCGAUGCAGGCAUAG